AGGGCCUUUUGGGGGGGAACUGGUCCAUUUGAUUGGCUUACUUGCUUACAACACGUGUCAGCAUGCAACACUCCUCAUCGGAGGAAGAGGACAAAAAGCUUCUGGUAAAAGGGUAGUCGUAUCGUAUAUAACGAACUGAACAGCUACAAACGAGAACGGAAGACGCAGAGCGAAAGUAGCAACUGAUCGAGAGGGGUUGGCCUUCCAGAAGGGGUUGAUCCGUCAUUUCAAUUCCUCUCCCCCCUCCUUCAAAAAUUUCGCGCGACGUCCGCUGCCUGCUACCGAUCCUAUUAAGAGAUACAGCGAGAAGGCAAGAAAGAUAGAUUGAGCGAGCCCCGACGCAGACACACAGAUAGAGAGAGUGAGGGGCGAGGCGGCUAUGGCAGCUUCGAACGGGAGUGAGUACUUCGAGUACGAGAUAGAGAGCGGAGCUGAAUCUCUGGCACGGCCGUCUAACGCAGAGUCCGUGGCAGAGGAUGAGAAUGAGCUCUGGUGGGCGGCCAUUGAGCGUUUGCCAUCAGCAAAGCAGCUGAACAUGGCGGUGAUGAGGCGGGCCACAUCGGAGCGAGCUGGAGGCAAUGGAGCAGCUGACACAAUCGAUGUCAGGAAGCUCGACCGCUCCAACAGAGAGCUUGUCGUAAAGAAAGCCCUGGCCACGACCGAUCAGGAUAACUACAGGCUCCUCUCUGCAAUCAAAGAGCGCCUUGAUCGAGUGGGACUGGAUGUGCCAAAGGUUGAGAUCAGAUUCCAGAACUUGAACAUCGUCGCCAAUGUUCAAACUGGUUCAAGAGCCUUGCCAACGCUGUGGAAUUAUACCCGUGACCAGUUCGAAAACAUUUUGACUGGCCUGAGGAUAUUUCGACCUAAAAGGCACUCUUUAACGAUCCUAAACAAUGUCAGUGGCGUUAUCAAACCCGGAAGGAUGACAUUACUUCUAGGACCCCCAGGAUCUGGGAAAUCUACCUUGCUUUUAGCUCUGGCAGGGAAACUUGAUCACGGCUUAAAGAAAACUGGAACCAUAAAAUACAACGGAGUUGAGCUUAAUGAUUUCUGCGUCCAAAGGACUUCUGCGUACAUAAGCCAGACAGACAAUCACAUCGGGGAACUGACAGUUCGAGAAACCUUUGAUUUUGCUGCUAGAUGUCAAGGUGCAAGUGAAGGCUUUGCAGGAUACAUGAAGGAUUUGACCCAUUUGGAGAAACAGAAAAACAUCCGUCCUAGCCCGGAGAUUGAUGCUUUUAUGAAGGCAUCAUCCGUUGGUGGUAAAAAGCACAGCAUUUCAACAGAUUACAUCUUGAAAGUGCUUGGCCUCGACAUCUGCUCGGACACGAUAGUUGGUAGUGACAUGAUGAGAGGUGUUUCUGGAGGCCAAAGAAAAAGAGUCACCACAGGUGAAAUGAUUGUCGGGCCCAGAAAAACUCUUUUCAUGGAUGAAAUAUCGACAGGACUAGACAGCUCUACAACAUAUCAAAUAGUAAAGUGUGUCCGGAACUUGGUUCACUUUAUGGACGCAACUGUACUGAUGGCUCUGCUUCAGCCUGCACCGGAGACAUUUGAACUGUUUGAUGACCUGGUGCUUUUGUCAGAAGGAUAUAUCGUAUACGAAGGCCCUCGGGAAGAUGUACUAGAAUUUUUUGAGUCAUUGGGAUUUCGUUUGCCCCCGCGGAAGGGAAUUGCAGAUUUUCUCCAAGAGGUUACCUCGAGAAAAGAUCAAGCUCAGUACUGGGCAGAUCAGUCCAAACCAUAUGAAUUUAUACCAGUCCCAAAAAUCGCAGAAGCUUUCACAAAUUCCAGGUUUGGAAAGUCUGUGCACUCCGCGCUCUCCGUUCCGUAUGACAGGUCCAAGAGCCAUCCUACAGCUCUGUCGAAGACAAAUUAUGCUGUCUCAAGAUGGGAGCUUUUUAAAACAUGCUUUGCACGAGAACUCCUGCUUAUCGGCAGGCACCGUUUUCUUUAUACGUUCCGCACCUGUCAGGUUGCUUUUGUUGGAUUUGUAACUUGCACGAUUUUUUUACGGACAAGAAUCCAUCCUACUGACGAGAUAAAUGGCAACCUGUACCUCUCUUGCCUUUUCUUUGGGCUGGUGCACAUGAUGUUUAAUGGAUUUUCUGAGCUACCUAUAAUGAUAUCUCGGCUUCCGGUGUUCUACAAGCAAAGAGACAAUCUAUUCCAUCCUGCAUGGGCAUGGUCUCUUUCCAGUUGGAUUCUACGGAUCCCAUACUCAGUGGUUGAAGCUGUUGUAUGGUCCUGCGUGGUGUACUAUACAGUUGGUUUUGCCCCAGCCCCUGGCAGGUUCUUCCGCUUCAUGCUUCUGCUCUUUGCAGUGCACCAGAUGGCCUUGGGUCUCUUCAGGAUGAUGGCUGCAAUAGCUCGAGAUAUGGUCAUUGCAAAUACAUUUGGAUCGGCCGCCCUACUAAUUAUAUUCUUAUUGGGUGGAUUUAUCCUUCCAAAGAAUGUUAUUAAACCAUGGUGGGUUUGGGGAUUUUGGGUGUCCCCCCUAUCAUAUGCACAACGUGCAGUAUCAGUCAAUGAAUUUACUGCAACAAGGUGGACGGAGAAAUCUGCAGUUGGGAAUAGUGCCAUCGGGUACAAUGUUCUCCAGUCACACGGUUUACCUUCUGGAGAUUACUGGUACUGGCUUGGAGUUGGUGUAUUGAUAGCCUAUGCUUUGCUAUUCAAUAACCUGGUGACCUUAGCCUUGGCUUACCUUAAUCCUCUCAGCAAGGCUCAAACUGUGAUUCCAACAGAUGCAACUGAAGAAGGUUCUGCAGCUAACGUUGGGACUCGUCCAAACUCCAGAUCAAGUCCAAGAUCUGGGGAGGGCAACAAACAGAAGGGAAUGAUUCUCCCAUUUCAACCAUUGACAAUGACUUUCUAUAAUGUCAACUACUUUGUUGACAUGCCACCGGAGAUGCGUGCUCAAGGAAUAACGGAAAAGAAGCUACAGCUUUUAUCUGAUGUUAGUGGAGUGUUCUCUCCGGGUGUACUUACUGCAUUGGUUGGUUCAAGUGGAGCGGGAAAGACCACUCUGAUGGAUGUCCUCGCGGGAAGAAAAACUGGUGGAUAUAUAGAAGGGGACAUCAAGAUAUCUGGUUACCCAAAAGAACAACAUACUUUUGCGAGAAUUUCUGGAUAUGUUGAGCAGAAUGACAUACACUCCCCGCAAGUUACAGUUGAGGAGUCUCUCUGGUUUUCUUCAAGUCUACGGCUUCCAAAGGAAGUCAACAGGGAGAAACGACGUGAAUUCGUGGAAGAGGUCAUGAAAUUAGUUGAGCUGGAUACCCUGAGGAAUGCUUUGGUCGGUUUGCCUGGUAGCACGGGCUUAUCAACGGAACAGAGGAAGCGUUUGACUAUUGCAGUGGAGCUCGUAGCAAAUCCUUCUAUUAUUUUCAUGGAUGAACCGACGUCCGGCCUUGAUGCAAGAGCAGCGGCCAUUGUGAUGAGAACUGUUCGUAACACUGUUGAUACUGGAAGAACUGUAGUUUGUACUAUUCAUCAACCAAGUAUCGACAUUUUCGAAGCUUUUGAUGAGCUGCUUCUCAUGAAACGUGGGGGACGAGUAAUAUAUGGUGGGAAGCUUGGUAAGAAUUCGGAGGUCUUGAUAGACUACUUUCAGAAAAUUCCCGGAGUCAGUCCGAUCCCUGAUGGCUAUAAUCCAGCAACUUGGAUGCUUGAAGUGACUACGCCUGCUGCUGAAGAGAGAAUAGGUGCAGAUUUUGCUGAUAUAUAUAGAAAGUCACAGCAAUUCAGGGCGGUGGAAGUUUCAAUUCAAGAGAUGAGCAUCCCACCUGCUGGUUCAGAGCCCUUAAGAUUUGACACGGUCUACGCACAAAAUGGAUUCUCUCAGCUUCGGACAACCCUUUGGAAACAAAAUCUUGUGUACUGGAGAAGCCCACAUUACAAUGCUGUGAGGAUAUUUUUCACCACGCUGAGUGCCUUGAUCCUAGGUUCCGUCUUCUGGAACAUUGGUUCAAAGAGGGAAUCAACUCAAGAUCUAUUCGUUGUCAUGGGAGCCCUUUAUUCAGCAUGCAUGUUUCUCGGUGUCAGCAAUGCAUCUUCCGUGCAACCGAUUGUCUCCAUUGAGAGGACUGUCUUCUACAGGGAGAAAGCAGCGGGAAUGUAUUCUCCUAUCCCCUAUGCAUUGGCCCAGGGCCUGGUGGAGAUGCCGUACGUUCUGUUGCAGACAAUAGUAUAUGGCGUCAUCACAUAUUUCAUGAUUAAUUUUGAAAGGACAGCCCGGAAGUUCUUCCUUUACCUCGUUUUCAGUUUUCUUACCUUCUCCUACUUCACCUUCUACGGCAUGAUGGCUGUUGGCCUCACUCCCACGCAACACUUGGCGGCUGUCAUCUCUUCUGCUUUCUACUCUCUGUGGAAUCUUCUAUCGGGAUUUCUCAUCCCCAAAUCUAGUAUCCCGGUGUGGUGGUUAUGGUUCUACUACAUCUGCCCGAUUGCAUGGACGCUGAGGGGCAUUAUUACCUCUCAACUCGGGGAUGUGGACACGAAGCUUGUGGGGCUGGGAUUUGAGGCCAGCGUCAAGGAGUAUCUAGAGUCGUAUCUCGGCUAUGGGCCUGGAAUGAUCGGAGUUUCAGUUGCUGUACUCGUGGGCUUUAAUCUCUUCUUCUUCGCUGUGUUCGCAGUCUCCGUUAAGGUCCUCAACUUCCAGAGAAGAUGAGCAGAUGGAUAUUCAUUCCGCAGUGAUUAGGGUCAAUGGGUGAAGCAGCCGGGGAAAUUUUUAAUUACAUCCUCAAUGGUCAAUUUUGGACUGUUGGCAGGCAUUUAAAUGUGGGCUACGAGGAUGACAUUUAUUAAGCUUCUAGCGACUCGAUACACACAGUUCGAUUUAGAUGCUAGUUUGUUGCUCCUCUGCCGCUGCGUACGCACGCAUGCACGCCCAUCUCGUCGUAGACGCCCUGAAGUUAAAUGCCAAAUCGAUCAAGGACCGGGGAGCCAAAGAACUCUGUCAUGAUUUGUAAAGAAACAUGUCUACGGGGAGAACUCCUCCUCGCGGAAGAGAACUGCUGCGGUGUCUGUUCUUUUUCCCCCCAUGCGAUUUCAUUUCGUAGGAUUUUUAUGGUUGUAGACAGACGCGAGUUGUCAAGCAUGCUACCGCUUUGAUAUUGUUUGAUGAAUCCUUUUUCAAACUUUAUAAUCUCGUUCUAAUUGAAUCUAACACUUUGUUUGGGAGUUUUUAGGAGAGGGAGAAGAAAGGAAAGGAGAGGAAAUGGAAAUGGAGGGGAAUGCAUAUCUUGUUUAGGAGAUUUUUAGGGAAAGAGAAGAAUGGAGAGGAGAGUUAAUGAAACAAAAGUAUAUUAUAAGACAAUUAUACCUUCAUUAAUUUUUAAUUA